GCCGUGGACGUGAGCAGCGCCCUUUACAAGCGGUACCGCCUGCAGAUGGUCACGGAGAGGUACCCCGAACUUCAAGACUUGCCCCGAGAAGUCUUUGCUGUUGAUCCAACCAGUAUGUGUCAAACUCCAAACAUGGAGGUUCUCUACAGAUGCAGAAAAUGCAGGCGCUCUCUCUUCCGUAGUUCCAGCAUUUUGUCCCAUGUGGAAGGAAAUGGACCAGCAGCCUUUGCUCACAAGAGGAUAACAGACUCUACUCAGCUUCAUGAUGAUGGCCGUGAUAAAUGUACCUCUUACUUCACUGAGCCUGUGCAGUGGAUGGAGCCAGCAUUGCUAGGAGUCAUGGAAGGACAGCUUCUGUGUCCCAAAUGCACAUCUAAGCUGGGCUCCUUCAGCUGGCGGGGUGAGCAGUGUUCUUGUGGGCGCUGGGUGACUCCUGCCUUCCAGAUUCACAAAAGUAGAGUGGAUGAAGUGAAAACAGUGCCGGUUUGCGACUUCCAAGCUGCCAAAAGCUGAACUCAGUGCCUCCCUCAAUGGAUUUCUUAAUGUCCACAGAGAACUGCUGCCUACUUAGCGUAUGGCAGGCUGUUUGCCAGGACUGAAUUGGCGACUUCCACCCCUUUGUAAUGCAGUGGAACUACCUGAACGUUUGCUCUAUUCUAACUGCAUGUCUAUAUAUGUAGUAGCAAAGCACCUCCUUUGAAGAUAUGUUAUACAAAUAUAUACGGAAAUGCCUGAAUUUGAUGGUAUGCUGCUACUUACAGAAGCUCUCAAAUCUGUGUUUUAAAUAGAUGCUAACUGGAGUCAGUUUCAGGAUGUGGACAGCAGUACUGCUUUACCUUCUGAUACAGAAAUUCAAAACAGUUUGUCUAAACUAUCCAACUCAGAUUUUAGGAGGGGUAUUCCACAGCAGGAUGUACUUGGUGGGGAAAUAUGUUAAGGCUUAGUUAAGUGCCAGAAAGUGGCACAAUUCCAAUUGUGUUGUAAUUAUCAUACAUGGUAGCUACUAGAAGUGAAAGGAAAGCUAUAUUUUCAUUACAAUAAAGUUAGUUCUAAAAGUCUACCCCCCAGAGUAUUUAUUACUAUAACUGUUAAUAUGACUCUUAGACAUUAAAUCAAAGAAGAUUAUGCAAGCUGUACAGGAAUGGGGGAACUCAAGAGAAGGUCCCUGCUAAAUCGUUUCUUAGAAGUGUAAAGAGGUCCCAAAACUUAUAACUUGCUUCAAACCUUACUUUUUAAGCUUUGCUCAUCAUAGGCUGUCUACAUCAUUGCAGAAAGGCUUUGGUUUGACAUAGGAAAAUAAGACAGCAAAGACCUACUUUAAAUCCAUUUUUAUUUUCAUUGACUCAAUUUUUUACACAACUUCCAGCAACAUACAUUAUGAAAUAUACAAGGUAGAGUAGGUGGUUGGGUUCUACCCAUCUUUUAAUUCCUCCCACAGCUGCGGAGGGAAGACUUGCAGUACACAGUGAACAUCAGAAUCUCAACACUGAAAACUGAGACACAAAACAAAAAGAAACAAAUAUAUAUGAAACUGUUUGAACUGGUCACACUUCAGGGCCAGGUACAGCACAAUAAAUAUUAGAAC